AUGACUCCAGGGAUAUCAGAAAACAAAUCCAAAAUGAAGAAACUCAACAUCACAAAAGGUAGUGGAAAGUAUAAUUUGGAGCAUGAAGAUGGUAUUAGAAGCUUUCAGAAAACGUGGUCUGAGUAUGGGCAAGACAUUUAUGUGGACAAGCUGCUUGAGCAAAAACGCAAUGGUUUCUUUAUAGAGCUCGGUGCACAUGACGGGGAAUCAACUUCCAAUACUCUGUACCUGGAAAAGGAAAGAGGAUGGACUGGUCUGUUGAUUGAGGCAAAUCCAGUUGUCUACAAAGAACUGUUGAAGAAAAAUAGGAAUAGUUACAUUUUAAACUGUUGUAUCAGUAAUGAUUUACCCGCAAUGGAGUUUACCAUGGCAAGUUACCUGUCCAGUUCUAACGUUACAAUGUCUGACUCUCAGAGAAGGAAGAUUAAAUCGGCUGGCAUUGGCCAUACGGAUAAGAACUAUGGAAAGAAAACCGUAGUCGCGUGUCAGUCAUUUCAAGACAUUAUGUCAGCUAUUGGCGUUCACCAUGUGGAUUUCUUCUCUCUAGACGUUGAAGGCGCGGAGCUUUACAUAUUGCAGUCUAUUGACUGGGACAGAGUAAACAUUGAUGUUUUAUUUAUAGAGACGGAUAAGUCAGAUGAAUUUCGAGAUGAAAUAAUACAGUUUAUGAAAAAUCAUGGAUACGAGCAUAUUGGACCUUACCAUUCUGACGAUGUGUUUAGAAAACGCAAAGUUGUUCAGUAA